AUGUUCAGAAACAACUAUGACAACGAUUCCGUCACAUUCUCGCCGCAAGGCCGAAUAUUCCAAAUCGAAUACGCCGCCGAGGCCGUGAAGCAAGGAUCCGUCGUCGUCGGCAUCAGAAACGCCGAAGAACUAUCAUCCUACCAAAAGAAGCUCUUCUCCAUCGACGAACAUGCCGGCAUUGCCAUUGCAGGCCUCACCUCGGACGCCCGCGUCCUCUCCAACUUCAUGAAGCAGCAAUGUCUGGGUCACCGCCUGACGUACGGCCGCUCCAUCCCGCUCCGAUCGCUCGUCGACAUGAUUGGCGAAAAGGCCCAGAUCAACACCCAAGUAUACGGCAAGCGGCCGUACGGCGUGGGUUUGCUGGUUGCCGGUGUGGAUGAGAAGGGCCCGCACUUGUUUGAGUUUCAGCCGUCUGGCAUGACGGAGGAAAUGGUUGCCUUUGCUAUUGGUGCGCGUAGCCAGAUGGCGAGGACGUACCUGGAGCGCAAUGUGGAUGCGUUUGCUGAUUGCUCGAGGGAGGAGCUGGUCAAGCAUGGGCUCAAGGCGCUGCGGGAGAGUUUGGUGCAGGAUAAGGAGUUGACGGUGGAGAACACGUCUGUCGGUUUAGUUGGCGUGCAGGGCGAGGGGAUGAAGGAUAUCGAGGCGUUUAAGCUCUAUGAGGAGUUUGAGGUUAAGCAGUGGAUUGAUAGCGUUGGUGAGGGUCAAGGCACUGGUGAAGGUGAGGAGGGCAUGGACGUUGACAGCUAG